AUGGUCAUGGAGAACGGAACUCACACCAAGCAGAUCGUGCAGGUGUCGCUGGUACCGACUGGGCAACUGUUCUUGCCAGACAAAUGGAUCCUUGCCGGCGCAGACCACGCGACGAAGACGUUGUACCCGGACUACAGCUUCUACGUCCACCACCCUGCAAGUGGAAAGAGUCUCAUGUUUGAUCUGGGCAUUCGCAAGGACUUGGACGCGUACCCGAAAUGCAUUCGCGAAGAAUUUGUCCUCACCGAACCUCGAGUGCCCAAGAGCGCUGCCGAAUUGCUCGAGGAGGCAGGCAUCUCGGCCGAUUCGAUCGACUAUGUGGUCUACAGCCACCUUCACUUUGACCACAUUGGCAACCCUGGAGAAUUCCCGCGCAGCCAGGUCGUCGUUGGCCCCGGCUCCAAGGCCGCCGCGUAUCCAGGCUACCCUACGAUUCCAGACUCUGGGUUUCUCGGCUCCAUUUUCGACCAUCCCAGUGUCCGCGAACUGUCGUACGACGACGACGGCUGGAUCCCGUUUGGCCCGUUCCCCAAGGCGUUUGACUUCUUUGGUGAUGGCAGCUUUCUCCUCCUCGACGCGCCGGGACACAUGCCGGGCCAUCUCAUGGGGCUGGCGCGCACGGGGUCGGACGAGUACGUGGUCAUGGGCGGUGACUGCUGCCACCACCGGAAGAUCUUCACGGGGGAAGGGACGUUGGGUGUCGGACACGGACCGAACGGUGCGUAUUCCAUGCACAAGGACCUCGAUACGGCCAAAGCGACGAUCGGCAAGCUACACGAGAUCAGCCAGAGGGAAGAUGUCUUGGUGUGCUUGGCCCACGACGGCUUUCUGGAGCCUGCGCUGAAGGUAUUGCCGGCGACGCUCGGCGGGUGGCGCAAGGCGGGCAUCAAGGCCGAGAUUGCAAAGAACAUGCCACACGUCGCGGUCGAGGUGAAGGCGUUGUCGGGCAGUUGA